CAGUUGAAGAUGUUGGGCAAAGGUAAAGUCUAGGUGUCCCUGUCAUCUGUCCCGUCAGUCAAACCCCGGGGGUUCAUUAUGUUCCACCAGCUGAAGGAUCAGGCGGUGAACGGCAGCUGUCAGGGAACCACCUUGGACUGCAAUAAGAGCGCUGAUGGAAACGCGCUCCAACUCCCCACUUUUUCAACCGCAGCCAAAGUCCGAGUGAUCAUUACCUUCACUCUGUGCGCGGUGUCUGCCGUGUGCAACCUGAUUGUGCUGUGGGCAGCCGGCAAAGGCGGAAAGCGCAAGUCUCACGUCAGGAUCCUUAUAAUGAACCUGACGGUGGCGGACCUGCUGGUGACUUUCAUCGUGAUGCCCGUGGACGCGGUGUGGAACAUCACGGUUCAGUGGCAGGCGGGGGACGCCGCCUGCAGGCUGCUUAUGUUCAUGAAGCUUGUGGCAAUGUACUCCUGCGCCUUUGUGACCGUGGUAAUCAGCCUAGACAGGCAGUCUGCCAUCCUCAAUCCUCUGGGAAUCAGCGAGGCUAAAAGGAAAAGCAAAAUCAUGUUGACCGUGGCCUGGACUAUGAGCUUCAUCCUCUCACUCCCGCAGAUGUUUAUUUUCCACAACGUGACCAUAACAGUGCCUGAGAACUUCACCCAGUGCACCACCCAUGGUAGUUUUAUCCAACGCUGGCAGGAGACUCUCUAUAACAUGUUUACGUUCACGUGCCUCUUCCUCCUGCCCUUGGUCAUCAUGAUUUUCUGCUACACGCGAAUCCUGGUGGAGAUAUCCAGCCGCAUGACUCAGAAUAACACUCUGUCCAGAGACAUCCAUCUUCGGCGUUCUCACAGUAACAUCCCAAAAGCUCGGAUGAGAACUCUGAAGAUGAGCAUUGUCAUUGUGACUUCGUUCAUCAUCUGCUGGACGCCGUACUACCUGCUUGGCUUGUGGUAUUGGUUGUUUCCUGAAAAAAUGGAGGAGACGGUCUCUCAUUCACUCACUCACAUGCUGUUCAUAUUUGGCCUCUUCAAUGCAUGUUUGGACCCCAUCACCUACGGCCUGUUUACAAUUCACUUUCGUCAAGGUCUGAGGAGACGUUGUCAAAAUUCGACCACCCACACCGAGUUAGAAAACAACACCUGUCUGGUGCAAAUGUCUGGCUUAUCGUCUCGCAGGCAUUUCACCUCUGGUGGUUCCGGUAAACAAACAGGGGAGGAAAGCGACAGCAGCAACUUAAAAAAUGCUCCCUGUCCUGUCAUUUCAGUGAGUGAAGUUUAAUGGCUGAAAGACUUUCAGGGAAAAACAGGUGUACUUACUUAUUAAUGUUGCCUACUUCGUUUAUUUGUUGUGUAAAACUUCAUAUGUUGAAGUCAAAAAUGUUGGAAAUAACUCAUUUCAAUUACACCAAUGAAACGAUUUAGAAAAGUAAAUGCAAAAUCUUAACAUGCUGCUGUUUUUGUGAAGAUUGAAGGCGACCAUCAAUAGAACUCAGCAAAAGUGUUAUGAUGAUAAUGGCUCUUAAAAACAUAAAAAUCACAGCUUAAAAAAAAGAUUCUAAAAUUUCUAACUUGAGAAAUUUAUGCUCACAAAGCUCACCCACUGUCACUGUGAUGACUGCUGACGAUAUGAUGAUAUGAUUGUUGACUGCAUUAGGGCUAUCUGUUGCAGCCAUGGCAUAAACAGCAUUGUAUUUUCAUUGCUCAGUUUAAAGUUUCCUUUAAGACUGACAUCUAAUGCAGAAACAUGUUUAUUAUUAGCAAGAAAAUAUAUAUAUUUUUGUUUAUAACACAUACAGUAUAUCUGCUUUAGAUGUACAUAAGAAAAGUUCAUUUUGUGUAAAGUCUGUUUGUAAUUAAGCUCUCUUAAAUUAUUUAAGAUUUUGAGGUUUUACCCUAACAUAUGAUGAUAUUUACUCUUUACAAAAGCUAUAGUAUACAGAUAAAAACUGACAACAUAAAACAAUUUCAUUUACAAUUAGUUUAACACACUUGUCUAAAUUGUCUUUGAAACAUUAUAACAUGGUGUUCAUCAUAAAUUGUCUGAUUUGUGUGUGACUCCCAGACUGAUGGAUGUUUCUUCCUACCUCCCCAAAGUGUAAAUUUCAGCUCACAGAUUCAGAAUAGUUUGGUUGACUCUUAUUCUUUAAGGAACUAUGUAUAAAAAAAUAAGAUUCUGAGCAGCUUAACUUGUUGAAUUCAACCUCACAGCUGAUGUGGAUGUGUUUGCUGAUUUGUAUUUUUGUUUAGAAUGGCUGGUCUUGUUUUCUAUGGCAAGACACAAAGUUGACAAAAUGGAAAUGAUUCUUAUAGCGAUUAAAAGCUAUGCUGUUUUUUUUUUUACUUUAUGUAUACUGCUCAAAAAA